AUGGCUGACCAGCUCCCGGCCGGGCUGUCCUCGCCAUCAGCCUUCAUCUCGGUCAGGGUACAUAUCUUUGACCGUCCAACAGCGAUGUCACCCAAGUACCAGCUUCGCGUCCGGCUUCCGCGCGCCUCAACCUUUGCCGAUUUGCUCGCCGAGGUCACUCGCCGCGUGCUCGCGGCCGACGACACACAAGUCCACGACAGCCUCGUCGCCAACGCAUCUUUGCGCUACGCAGACGGCACCGAGUUGCGCUUGGGUGGGGAAUUAGUCGCCCAGAUGCGGUGGGAUGAGGCGGUCUAUGUGUUCCCGAGAGCGGCCCAGCCUCGUCCUAUCCGUCGUCCUCCUUCUUCUGCUUCUUCGGCUUCGUCCGCUCUCCUCACCACCACCCUACCCGCGACCCCGGUCAAGCAGACGCCGGGGUACCCUUCAGCUCGGGCUGCGGCUGCAGGGGUCGGCAGUCAGCCGCCGCGCCACCCCGGCCGCACCCAUGCCGCCACCCCGAGCAGGCCCCCGAGACGGGAAAUUGCAUCACAAAAAGCAACGAGCGCCUCGCCAGCGGUCAGCAGGCUUGGAGGUCCGCCACCAGGGGCAGGGUUGCUGGACUCGCGCAUGCGUACACGUCGAGGGCGUUGGGGCGCGACCGUGGGCAGUGAUGGCAAUCGCAUUGUGCACUACGGGGGCAACAAUGGCCUUACCUAUGACGACGACAAGGCCGGAAUGAGCGCAUAUCGUUCGAGACCAGGACACGAAUCAUCGCCGUUGCAGCCUUUCACGAAAAGCCAUCGUGACAUAAUGGAUGGCGACGAGACUACUCCCCGGACGGCAAGUAACGCGGCGUUGCAGGGCGCUUCACCAUCGUCGCACGCUGCUGACACUUCUAUCUACGAUGUCUACGAUCUCCCGGUGUACGAUGACACUCCUCCCAGUAUCAAGAAAGCCACGCCACUGGGCAAAGGCACAUUGAAGCGCAGUCCCUCCAAUGGCACCAGUCCAGCCGCCGUCAAUUCCCCUUCCACGCCCAGGACGCCACGUGAAGGAUGUCGCGCGCUGCAGGACAUCACGAGCAAGGACAACAGAAAGACGUUUCUGGCACGCGAUGGGGAAGAGAAACCCGUUACUCAUCAUGGCAAGCAGAGUGGUGCGACGAUCCAGAUCAAAACUGAGCAAGGCCAAGCGAACGAGAAGCGCAAGAGCCUUCACGGCAACUAUGCUUUCAAGCAGACACCACCAUCGCAACCACCUUUGGCCAGUCUAGGCCACGUGAGCAGCAAAGCUGGACUGUAUCAAUCUACUGCGAUACACAAGCCCUCCCCUUCAGCAAAACCCUCCGGGUUUGACUAUACCCCCGACUAUAUCGCCCUGUCAUCCGACUCUGACGACAUCGACGACUACGAGUGGGAAAAGAUUCGGCGCUAUGGCAGCCCCCGAGAGGGAAAGGCGGUAGCGAUGGCCGCCACGAUGCCUCUCAGCCGCAGCAGGCCCUCGGGCUCACCGGCCGCAGAGAAGAAGGCGAAAUCCAACACCUAUGGGAAGAGGGCCGCACCAACAGCGAGCGGCGGUCGUACCAAACCUCCAUUCAGCGGUGCCGCCGGCUUGGAGCCCGACGACAACACAGCAAGUGUCAUCCCUGAAUCACCGCCGUCCAACAGGGGCGCCGGGCAGUUCUCCAGCACUGCAGGAGGCGAGUAUCAGAGCGACGACGAAGACGAUGCGAGAGUUGUAGAGACUGCGAGCGACCUGAGUCUCGAUGAGGUGACGGCGCGCAACACGAGGCUCAACUCGGGGUCUCCUAAGAAGAGGCAGUGGAUCACCACCCGCACGAGAGCAGGCGCGAAGCGGAAGCUGCGGGAGUUAUCCGAUAGCGAGUCGAGCGAGGACGACGAAGACGAAGAUGAAGAGGAGGAGGAUGACGAUGACUACGAGGAGGACGAAGAGGAGCACAAGGACGAGGAAGAAGAAGAAGAAGAAGAGAAACCCACAGCCACGUCCGGAAGCGCAAAGGCCGCAACAUCAACGCUAGACGCCAAGAUCAAAUCGGAGGCAGCAGACCCAGAGCAGUUGGUCGUGCAGCCACCGCCGCGACCACUACCGUCCAAGCCAGCAGCAGCACCUCCCAAGCGUGCCAGCCGAUCAAAGAACGUGUCGCCGUCCCGCCGGGGAAGGAGGCGAAGACACUGGGACAACAAGAAGCGCGGCAAGGCGCCGACGACCGCAGCCGACGAGAACGAGCAGACGACGCGUCAGCGCAUCGCCCGAGGAUACCUCGCCAAGGCCAACUGCACUUCUGCCUCCACGUCCCUCGCGGGCCACAGCGGCGAAAAAGCGCCGACGCCCGUAUUCACUUCCUCUCAGCAGGAUGGAUUCAAUCAUGUGCCGACGCGGCAGGGCAAGUCGCCCAAAAAGGCCAAAAAGUCUCGCAGGAAGCGGUACUCUGGCCAUUACACUUUAUCUUCUUAA